CACUCUGUUUUGUACACACAUUGUAUCCACUAAGCUUUAUAAAGUAACACAGUGACGAACUGUGAAAGUGAACAUGUUAAAAGCCAGUGUUACAAAUGCGCUGAAACGGCUUGUAACACGCUAUUAUGACUGUUCCAUUUUAGUAAAGGCGAGAGGUGUAGCCGUGGCGAGCGAUGGGAGGAGUGAAUCCGUGGUAGAAAUUUAUAAGGCGUAUGAGGAAGUUACAAUAGAAAGCAGGAAAAGAGAGCCACAUUGUCUUCAUUUCAGCCGAACAACAGGUCCGACGACUGUCAAAAUGCCUGGAAAGAAAGUCUGCAUCGUCGGAUCUGGAAACUGGGGCUCCUCCAUUGCCAAAAUUAUUGGGCACAAUGUCAAAGCAUCCAACCGGUUCGACCCAAUGGUGAACAUGUGGGUUUACGAAGAAAUGAUUGAUGGAAAGAAGCUAACGGACAUCAUUAACACCGAGCAUGAAAAUGUCAAAUAUCUACCUGGUCACAAGCUGCCCAAGAAUGUGGUUGCUGUUCCAGACAUCACAGAGGCCGUCAAAGGGGCAAAGGUCCUUGUCUUUGUAAUCCCUCACCAGUUCAUCAGCAAGAUCUGUGAUCAGAUAAAACCUCACAUCAUGGAGGGAACCAUCGGCAUAUCACUCAUCAAAGGUGUCGAUGAGGGGCCAGAUGGACUGAAGCUCAUUUCAGACAUCAUCCGAGAAAAACUGGAGAUUGAUGUCAGCGUCCUAAUGGGGGCCAACAUUGCAAGCGAGGUGGCAGAUGAGAAGUUCUGUGAAACUACCAUAGGGGCAAAAAAUGAAGCAAACGGUGUUAUCUUCAAGGAGCUGCUUCAAACUGCCAACUUCCGUAUCACCGUCGUACAGGAGAGCGACACAGUGGAACUGUGUGGAGCUCUGAAGAAUAUAGUGGCAGUUGGUGCUGGGUUCUGUGAUGGCCUCGGCUUUGGCGACAACACCAAGGCGGCGGUGAUCAGGCUGGGUCUGAUGGAAAUGGUCGCCUUUGCCAAGUUGUUCUGCAAAGGCCAGGUGACCUCCACUACUUUCCUGGAAAGCUGUGGUGUGGCCGACCUCAUCACAACCUGCUAUGGAGGACGAAACCGUAAAGUGGCAGAGGCCUUUGUAAAAACAUCCAAGUCUAUCGCUGAGCUGGAGGAGGAAAUGCUUAACGGCCAGAAGCUGCAGGGCCCACAAACCUCAGCUGAGGUCUACAAGCUCCUACAAAAGAGGGACAUGGUCAGCAAGUUCCCCUUGUUUUCUGCAGUCUACCAAAUCUGCUUUGAGGGCAAGGAGGUGAAGGAAUUCAUCACCUGUCUGCAGAACCACCCAGAGCACAUGUGAGGGGACCAAACAUGUCCACUGCUGCUCCUCCAGCAGCGAUUUACUACCACUAGAGGGUGAAAGAGACUCAUCAGACAGAAACGCACAAGCAACGCAGAGCACUUUUACCCAAGAUUAUGUGUACCAUUUCAUCGUGGAUAUUUGUCUUAACUUUGCUUAUUUUUCUUUUUUUGUGAAAUGUUCUGUAAUAUUCAUUUGGCUCUUGUGCAGGGAAGUUAAAAACAUCAAUUAAAUUAUACUCAGUACGCUUCAAGCUUUGAUUUUCACCAGCAGCAGGUAUUAAAAUAUCGAGCUCCUUUUCUCUUUCCUUUCUUAUUUUAAAAAGAUUUUGUAUGGAGAUAUAUAAAUGUAACACUGAUUUUGACUGACUAUGUACAAUUCAUUUGCAAAAUUAAAACAAAGCAUAGUCUUUUUUUAUCUUCAUGUGAAUUUUUUUUCAAUAAAAUCAGUUAAUAAGAAA